AAAACGGUAAGCCCAAGGGAAAAGGGCGUGGGCCCAAGGGAAAAGGGCGAGGCCUGAUCAGCCUCAACUGGUUGUGCAGUAGAGUGCCGCCAGUAAGGUUUGGUAAAAAGGGAAACAGGGGGAAAUUAUUUUGGUGUAUUUAGUGUGUUACAUGUUGAAAUUAUAUUGGUGUGUUUUGUAUGUUGUAUGUUGCAUGUCAGAUACUCUAGUGACUGAAUUGUCAAGUGUGGGCCAGGGCUUAGUGUCCCCCUUGGCCGAGCGAUUGUAGGGCUGUAGUGUGUGGAGUGUGAAAGAAUUUACAACCUGUUAGGAGCAGAGUAUCUGGAAAAAAAAAAAAAAAAUGGGGUCUGGGGCAAGCCAAUGUAGUCCUCUGGAAUGUUUUUUAAACAACUGGAAAGCAGCCACAAAGCAUGAUGAUUGGGGAAUCAAAUUGAGAAGACAGAGGAUGAGGACAUUGUGUGAAGUUGAUUGGCCCCAACAAACUAAUUGGCCAUCGGAGGGCAGUCUUAAUUUGCAACUAAUCAGCCCACUAUAUCAAAAUAUCUUGAAUGUCCACCCAGACCAGAUCCCUUAUAUUUCUACUUGGAAAACCAAUGUAGAAAAGAACCCACCGUGGUUGAAAGCCUGCCGAGGCGACGCCCCACAAAGUACAGUUUGUGCAGUUCGACCGGCAGGGAAGUUAGAAAGGCCCCCAGUGAUACCAGACCCAGAAGAUGAGGAGGGAGGAAUUAUUAAACCACCUCCACCCUAUGCUCCACCAACUGCCCCUCAGGCAAUUCCACCAGGCCCAGGUCCCCAGGCACUGGGAGGAGCUGGCCCCCAGCCCAAACCCAAGACUGAUGAGUCAGAAGGAGAAGAGGAUGAUGAGGAUGAAGAGUUUGUAGAAAGAUUAGUCAAGCUGACAAAUAAUAACAAGACAUGGACAGAGGAGCAGGCAGAACGUUUAAGGAAGUAUGUGGAACCUUAUGCAAAAGAAGUGGAUGUCAGCCACUAUUUGUUAAAGGCAGCGGAAUGUACAGGGCAACAUAAAAGGAAGUGGCAGAGAGAGUGGGGAAGGGCGGCGAAAAGAGUGACCCUCCAUAGGGCACAUAAAGCACAGAAAAAGGGCGCGGCCAGAGUGAUGCCUCUGCGUAGAGUGUAUGACCCUCCGGCCCCUGCGGGACCUAACGGGGUGGUGCCCAAUAGAACUUAUACAGUUCAACAUGUCCCCUUCUCUAGUGCAGAUGUUUGUAAUUGGAGGAACCAAAACCCUUCAUUUGAGGAAAACCCAGCAAAAAUAAUAAAGCUGUUUGAGGGAAUUUUCAAAACCUACAAUCCGACUUUUGAUGAUGUGCAAUAUUUGAUGGAUGCCCUGCUAACUACAGAAGAGGCUAGGCGAAUUCAUGCUGAAGCCCGAGCACACAUGAGAGCGCAGGGGGCAGGAGAUCAAGCUGUUGCAACAGGAUAUCCUGAAAAUACACCGAAUUGGGAUUAUCAGACCACUGAGGGGCAAAACGCCCUCACCACUUAUCGCCAGAAUGUCUUAAAUGGCAUGAGAAGGGCAGCCAGGAAGCCUACUAAUUUUGCCAAGAUCAGGGAGAUAAUGCAAGGGAGUGAGGAGCCCCCAGGCGCCUAUCUGGAAAGACUGAAGGAAGCCUACCGCCAGUAUACCCCUGUGGACCCAGAUGAGGCUGUCAAUGCCCCUAUCAUAAAAACUGCCUUUGUAGCUCAGGCAGCACCCGAUGUCCGCCGAAAAAUCCAGAAACACGAGGCUUUCAUGGGCCACACCCUUGAGUGGAUGCUAGAAUUGGCUCAAACCACUUAUAAUCAGAGGGAGGAAGAGGCACAAAAGAAGAAAGAGAAAUAUCAAGCAAAAAAGUUGAUGGCAUUACAGGCUACCACACCCACCCCUCAUAAAAGAGGAAGCACCCAGGGAGGAGGACAAGGCCGUCUGGGGAGGAACCAGUGCGCCAUCUGCUGGCAGGAAGGGCACUGGAAAAGAGAAUGCCCACAGGCUCACUUAGAUGGAAGAGGACGAGGAGAACGAGUCCCAGGGCCAAACCCCGUGGGAUCUGGACAGGAACUGAGACCCUGGACAUUGGCGAAUGUUGGCAGGGGUAGAGGACAAGGACAGGGACCCCCCUGGCACCCCCCAACCCAAAGACAGCCCGGCGCAAUGAGCCUGAGAGAGAAAGAAGAAGAAUAUUAG